GUUUAUCUUCUUGCUGAGUUGUGGUUUGUGUUCAUAUUGAGCUGAGUAUUUGGUAGUUUUGACAUUAAUGGCUUCUCUAUCUGAUGAAGAAAACGAAAGUGGGGUUUUCAAGGAAACCAGGGAUAGACCACCCUCACAUUAUGUGCUCAAACUCGAGUCUUUCUCACUCUUUUCUGGAAAUGGAGUGGAUCAUAUUAAGUCAAACAGCUUUCAAGUUGGAGAUCACAAAUGGAAGAUUAAAUUGUUUCCAAAGGGAAAUAAUGAGGGCAAGGAUGAUCAUGUGUCUGUAUACCUUUUGUUGGAUAGCACCAGUACUCUACCUCUUGGUCAGGGCGUCUACGCCAUUUUGAAGUUCUUUUUACUCGACCAAAUUAAAGGAGAUUAUCUAGUUGUUCAAGGGAAAGCAAGUCGUUUUGACAGCUUUAAAUGUGAAUGGGGUUUUGAUAAGUUCAUCUCUCUAGAAGAUUUUGAAGAACCUACUAAUGGUUAUCUGGUUAAUGACACUUCGUUCUUUGGAGUGGAGGUUUUCAUAUGUGAAGGCUUGCCUCUAGGUGAAUGUUACUCAAUAUCGAAAGUUGCCAAUAUAUCCGGUAAAUACAAGUGGGUGGUUACUCAAUUUUCAGGGUUGGAGUGUCAUUAUUCUGAUGUGUUUAUUAUCGGAGGUCAUAAAUGGAGGCUUUCGCUAUAUCCUGAAGGCAAAGGAAAGUAUAAAGGUCACAGUCUUUCUAUAUUUCUGGUGUCUAUGGAUUCCGUAGGUUCCACGACUGAGCACGAGGUGAAAGCACAGUUUGAGCUAGCACUUAAGGAUUAUAAACAGAAUCAUGUAAAAAAGAGAACUUCAACGUGGUUUGGUGCCUCUAAACCAGACUCCGGUUUUUAUUCCUUUAUCGAACUGACUGAGCUUAAAGAUGAUAGAAAUGGAUAUGUAGUUGCUGAUCGAUGCGCAAUUGAAGCAGAAGUUAAAGUGCUAUGUGAGGGCAGUCGCAAGACUCUGAAUUGUUAAGUAUCUCUUCUUUGGUGGUGUCAAUUAUGCUAUAUAGUUGUCGAUCAAUGCACAGUUAUGCUAUGCUGGUGGUGACUUGUUUGUUAAUUCGUAAUUAGUUUUGAUGUAUCCAUGUAUACAAUGAGCUGGGAAGUAUAACUAAAUCCACAUUUUGUCUAAAUUUGUUUCUGUUCUUUUUCUCUAUCUAUUUAACCUUUUUUUUUUGUCAUAUCUAUUUAACAUGUUUAAAUGUUAUAUUGUUUUUUUUUAUUCUUAUUGAGUUAUAUAUAUAUCUUACAAAAGAUAUAU